AUGACUUCCGUCAUUGCUGCGGUCGUUCCAAUCUCGCAGUACGCAAUCGAAGCAACCAAGCGCCCAAACAACGCCAGGUGGGCCAUGGCCAUCCCAGAAAUGCCGCUAGCGCUCGCAGACGCUAUCCUGAAGGAGCAUCCUACCGGAAUCAACUACAACGUCAUCGUCUACGACGUGGCCCACGUUCACAAGGUUGCCCGCAAGAGCAUGCACUUUGGCAAGAAGCGCACCAACGCCGUGCAGCUUUUGGGUGCCGAUGUCGACCCGCACCACUUCGAAUUAGCCUUUGACACUGGCAAGCGGACCUUGUCGCUCAUCAACAAUAGCGCACAGAACUUGACCACAGCAGAUGUAUGCAGUGGAAAGGUCCAUCUGGUUCCAGGGAGCUCUACAACCUUGAGGGAGAACACUAUGCUCGAGUUUGGUAGUUAUAAAUUCUGUGUUUACCUUAAUGAUCCUCACGUCGCAGGACUGUCUGGUCGAGCACAUGACGGAAUAGAGGACGAGAUGGCUACCGCGCCCACCACGCUGCGGACUCUGGCCCAAGAUAAGCCAACCCCUACACGGGACAACUCCACACUCAUCCAGGACAACUCCGCUUUCCAGAACAAGGCCACUCCCGUCCAGGACAACUCUACUCCCAUCCUUUACAAGCGAGGUCCUGACCGAUACAAGGACGUCUCGACUGAUGGCGAGCCGGUUCCUAUUCACAAGAACCCCAUGCUCGUCUCCCAGAAGCCUGUUCCCGUCUGUAGGUCGGGCAUACCUACCCUCGCGCAGGCUGCGGAGCGUAGCACGGUUGGCGAGGCCGUCUCCCUGGGUGUCGGAGCUCGAGGCGGCCUCAAACGUGCGAGGGCUGACAUGGAUGGAGGUGAGGCUGGCGAUGAAAAUGGACGACCUACCAAGCGCGCUCGCUUCGAAGACGACAAAGGAGAAGAGGAUUCGCCCUAUAAGCAGUUUAGUGGACUACGUCUGCUUGGUCACUACAUCACUUUUAAGUCUUUCAUCUCAAGCUCUUCAAAAGCGUUAUCAAUGAACGAGGAACUUCAAAAGGGCGUAGAAGUGUGCAACACUAGUAACGCAGUCGACAAGAAGGAGCCUCAUAGGAGCCAGGAACUCCGUGAGGCUAGCGACAUGAUAAAGCGCGAGGAACCUCACGAGGAUACAAGGUGGAGUAAGACCGAAAAGGCGAUUCAGCGUCAGGAAGAAUCAAAUGGCCACAGGUUUGACAAGAAUAAGGGGACUGAAGAGGCAGGUACCGUGAUCCCUAAAGUCCAGCACACCCAGACAAAGGACACCGAAAAGCACAGUGUAGUAGAGGUUAUUCCAGUCCAAACUGGCGCUGCACUGGAAAACGUGGGGUCCAUGGCAGCCACAGUCACUCGCCCUAUCCCUCCCCCCUACAUAUCCAAAGGACCUCCUCCCUUGCCAGGCUAUGAAGCAUUCAGGAAAUCAUCGUAUGGGGAGAGGAUCCUAGCAGACAGGGCUAACAUUCUAAAGAGAAGUAUGCAGGAGGACGAGGGCAGAGUUGGAUCUGAGGACGAGGGCGAGGUUGGAGCCCGAGGCAACGUAGAGGCCGAGCUCCCUACAAUGAGACGCCCCAUCUCCCCGCCCGAACUACGCCGUCCGCGCAGCGCCAAGGCUACGCCCAUCCGCGCAGAGAUGCCGAACCUUGACGAGGACGGCGGCGCGACCAAUCCCGAGCAGGCGUCAUCUCCAUCCACACCUCCCGCGCCGAAGAAGCGACGUAGACUGCCGUGGCAGGUGACGGGCAAGGACGUGCGGAAGAAGUAUUAA